AUGGCCUACUACCAGCAACCUCCCCCAGGGAACUAUCCCCCACCACAGCAGCAACAGCCACCCCCAGGGGGUUACCCACCGUACGGCCAGCAGCCACCAUACGGGGCUCCCCCGCAGUCGCCAUACCCGCCACGGCAGCAGCAAUGGGGCCAGCAGCUCCAACCACCCCCUGGAGGAUACCAACAACCCCCACCGCCGCACAGUCCCGGCUUCCAACCCCCACCGCACAGUCCUGGGUUCCAAGCACCACCCACCCAAGGGUACCCACCGCCUCAGGGCCCAGGCUACGGCCCUCCUCCGCAGCAGUUCCAGCCUCCCCCGCACCAGGGAUAUCCUCCUCCACAGCAAGGAUAUCCUCCCCCACAGCAAGGCUAUCCUCCCCCACAGCAGCAAGGCUAUCCCCCACCACAGCAAGGAUACCCACCUCCACAGCAGCAAGGAUAUCCUCCUCCACAAGAGUACCCGCCACAAGGCUACGCCCCAGCACCACUCGUGCACCGCGACUCUAAUGGCUACCAUCCUCCCGCGCCGCCUCCUAGCCAAUUCCCACCACAGGGCUUCCCGCCCCCGCAGCAGGCCUCAUACCUCAACCCCCUAGGCGUCGGCGGCGCCCCCCCACCACCAAUCGCACACUCCUUCCCACCCGUCGCUCCACGCAUCAUACCUACCGCCGACAUCGAUACAAUCUACAAAGCCUGCAAAGGCUUCGGCACCGACGAGAAGGCCCUCAUCAGCGUCUUUGGCUACCGCGAGGGCGACGUCAUCGAGGCCAUCCGCGCGCAGUACUCAUCACACACCAAGCGCGACCUCAUCACAACGCUCGAGAAGGAGACAAGCGGGAACUUCCGCACCGCGCUCAAGGCCGUCGCAUUCGGCCCCAGCGAGUGCGAUGUCUUCUUCGCGAACCUGGCCAUCGCGGGCUUCGGCACAAACGAGAGCAUGCUGACGGAGUCAAUCAUGGGCAAGACAAACGCAGAGGUCAACAGAAUGAAGAGCAUCUACCCCCAGCGCUACAAGGAGUCGCUGGAGUCCGCCGUGCGCGGCGACCUCUCGAUGAAGACGGAGAAGCUGUUCAUGAUGGCGCUGUCGGGCCAGCGCAUCGAGGACUGGGAGCCCAUAAACCCGACGGUGGUGGCGGGUGACGUCGCGGCGAUUCAUAAUGCGUGCGCUGGGCUCGGCACGGACGAGAUCACGGUGUGUUCGUUGCUGACGCGCGCGAGCGAGCCGUAUCUGAGGGCGCUGGCGACGGAGUAUAAGAACAGGCACAAGAUCGACCUGGUGAAGCUCAUCAAGAAGGAGUUCUCGGGACACAUGCAGGAUGCGCUGGUGUAUAUUGUCGAGGGUGCGCUGAAUAAGCCGACGCGGGAUGCAAUACUACUGGAGGCGAGUAUGAAGGGGAUUGGGACCAGGGAUGAGCUGCUGAUCUCGAGGCUGGUGAGGAUGCAUUGGGAUAAACACCAUUUUGAGCUCGUCAAGAGGGAGUUUAAGAGGUUGUAUGGCAGGGAUCUGCAGUCGAGGGUCAAGGGUGAGACCAGCGGGGACUAUGGGAGGUUAAUGGUUGCGCUGUGUUCUUGA